AAAACAACAAAAAACCUUGCUUCUUACUGUACUGAAUGAAACACGUAGGUAGGUUGUGACUGGAUUUCAUCAUACACCUAUCAUUUCUAUUUGAAACAGUUGCCUAGCUAUCCCUUAAAGCUUGGAUUCAAGCCGCGGAUCAAUCUUUGUAUGUUUACACUUUAAAACAAGACAUCUUGGUAGUCCAUUACUAGCGGAACAUUCAGAGAAAUCUCACCUUUUGUAGAAAGCUAGAAGCAGGGUGGUUAAUGUAUUAAUGUUGCCUGUAUUGUCUUUGAUAGGAAGUUAAGGAACACUGCCAAUCCUGUUUUUUUUCUUUCUGUUUUCAGCAUCCUGAAACCUUAAUCACAUUGCCUAGUCAAAGAAGAGAGUAAUGACUACUCUUAGCAGAUCCCAACACACUAGUAUAUAAUAGGCACAAAAAAAGGUGAAUCAAAAAGGGGGAAGAGACACAGAAGAAUGUCAGGCAACAAAGAAAUGAAGAGUCAAGGAGUUCCUGAAGAAGCUCUGGCUAACCGAGGCACAUCUUCAUUAACUGCUGCUGUAGAGCAAGUUGCAAAGCAACAACAAUCACAAACAUCAGAGAUAGAAAAAAAUAAAAAAGUUCUGUUCCAUUUACAGGAUGAACUCCAUGAGCUUGAAAAACAAAUAGCAUCUGUCUCUGCAGAAACUAAAGAAACAGAAAGGCAAAUUUAUCAGCAAGAUGCUGCCAUCGAGAAUACCAAACUACAGUGUGGGAACCUGGAAACUCAAAUCAAAUCCUUACAUACAGAAAAUGUAAAACUUAAAUUUGACAUAGAAGGAGCUCAAGAAGACUUUGAGGAACACAUGAUAAGAUAUAAUGAAUAUUAUGCAAAAAUAAAAGAGCAUAAAGAUAGUUUGUGGGAGGCUGGAAGCAAAAGGGCAUUCAUGACUACACUCCAUGAAAAACGAGAUCUUGUUAGAAAACUAAAAACAAUGAAAGAGGAACUUAUGCAAAAUCUCAAAAAUCCAGAAGGAAACCACAUAAAACAAGCACAGGAAGACAUUAUAAAGCUGAAGGCUAAAAUUAUAGCUGUAAAAGAAUCUAUCAUUGAAAAAACUUUCUUUCUUGAGGAAGAAGAAAAGACACAUGAAAAAUUAAGAAAAGAAAUAGAGGUACAACAUAAGAGAUAUAAUGCAAUUCUUAAGCGUUUGCAUUGUCAAGUGAACAAGCUUCAGUCAAAUAGAAGACAAUGGCAAUCGAACAUUCAACAACUGGAAAAAACUGCAGCUGAACUGAGAAAACGCAUUGGAAUGAAAUACUAACGUGGCUAAAGGGCAAUGUAGAACAUAGACUAUGCCAACAAAACAGAAAAUUUUUUGGAUUCUUAACAACCAGCAUCUACUACCAGAGGUCUGUCUUAAUAACAGAUGUAUUUUCUCUCUCUCUCUUUUUUUUUUUUUGAAUUAGUUACCUGCUUACCUUCCAAGCCUACAAUUGACAACAGUAGAGAGACAAUAGGAAUGCUUAUGUAAGAAUAGUGCAAGAUUCUAUAUAAACAUUUUGAGUGUAUAAGAUAAAUUGUACUCAUGAUUCUUAUUUUAUAAAUGUGUUGUUUGCACUAUCAUAUGAGGUAAAAAUUUAGAAGGAAACACUUGAAGUUAUAAUGAUUUAUUUUAAAUGAUUGUUUCAAACAUUUUAUUAAAACUUGCUUUUUUACCGCUGC